GGCUGACCGCCGCGGCCUGGGGUUCCCCGGCCCCGCCCCUGCUGCGCUCCCCUUGCCCGCGAGGCCGCGCGCUGUCCGGUCCUGCGCUGCCCGGCGGGAGAGGCUGGACCCUGCGUUCCUCCUCCCUACCGGUCCCCAUCCUUAAAGCGCGAGUCUGGACGCCCCGCCUGUGGGAGAGGGCGCCGGGAUCCGGACGGGGAGUAACCGGGGCAGGCCGGGGCCGGCCGAGGAGGUCCUGAGGCUACCGAGCUGCAGCGGCUGGCACACGAGCGCCUCGGCACUAACCGAGUGUUCGCGGGGGCUGUGAGGGGAGGGCCCCGGGCGCCAUUGCUGGCGGUGGGAGCGCCGCCAGGUCUCAUCCCGCCCUCGGCUGCACUCCUCCUCCGGCUGGGAGGGGCCGUAGCUCGGGGCCGUCGCCAGCCCCGGGCCUGGGCUCGAUAAUCGAGGGCCUCGGCCGCUGUCCCGCAGCUCAGUCCAUCGCCCUUGCUGGGCAGCCCGGGCAGAGACCAUGUUUGACAAGACGCGGCUGCCGUACGUGGCCCUCGAUGUGCUCUGCGUGUUGCUGGCUGGAUUGCCUUUUGCAAUUCUUACUUCAAGGCAUACCCCCUUCCAACGAGGAGUAUUCUGUAAUGAUGAGUCCAUCAAGUACCCUUACAAAGAAGACACCAUACCUUAUGCGUUAUUAGGUGGAAUAAUCAUUCCAUUCAGUAUUAUCGUUAUGAUUCUUGGAGAAACCCUGUCUGUUUACUGUAACCUUUUGCACUCAAAUUCCUUUAUCAGGAAUAACUACAUAGCCACUAUUUACAAAGCCAUUGGAACCUUUUUAUUUGGUGCAGCUGCUAGUCAGUCCCUGACUGACAUUGCCAAGUAUUCAAUAGGCAGACUGCGGCCUCACUUCUUGGAUGUUUGUGAUCCAGAUUGGUCAAAAAUCAACUGCAGCGAUGGUUACAUUGAAAACUACAUAUGUCGAGGGAAUGCAGAAAAAGUUAAGGAAGGCAGGUUGUCCUUCUACUCAGGCCACUCUUCGUUCUCCAUGUACUGCAUGCUGUUUGUGGCACUUUAUCUUCAAGCCAGGAUGAAGGGAGACUGGGCAAGACUCUUACGCCCCACACUGCAAUUUGGUCUUGUUGCCGUAUCCAUUUAUGUGGGCCUUUCUCGAGUUUCUGAUUACAAACACCACUGGAGUGAUGUGUUGACUGGACUCAUUCAGGGAGCUCUGGUUGCAGUAUUAGUUGCUGUAUAUGUAUCGGAUUUCUUCAAAGAAAGAACUUCUUUUAAAGAAAGAAAAGAGGAGGACUCUCACACAACUCUGCAUGAAACAUCAACAACGGGGAAUCACUAUCAGAGCAAUCACCAGCCUUGAAGGGCAGCGGGGUGCCCAGGUGAAGCUGUGUUUUCUAAAGGAAAAGGAUUGCCACAUGGCAAGAGGAUGCAUCUUUCUUCCCAGUGUAUAAGCCUUUAAAGACUGCUACUGCUGCUAUGCCUCUUGGAUGCCCACUUUGUGUGUACAUAGUUACCUUUAACACAGUGGUUAUCUAAUAGCUCUAAAUUCAUUUAAAAAACUCCAAGCCUUCCACCAAAACAGUGCCCCACCUGUAUACAUUUUUAUUAAAAAAUGUAAUGCUUAUGUAUAAACAUGUAUGUAAUAUGCUUUCUAUGAAUGAUGUCUGAUUUAAAUACACAUAUUAAAAUGUAUGGGACAACCAAA